AUGGCAAUGGAUUUCUCUAUUCACUGGGCAGAUUGGCCAACGUACAACGAUUUGAAAUUAAGGUUCGCAGUCAUGACGAAUCUUCGAAGUGCUCUUAUCGCAAACUGGGUCGAAUCUCGAGUAAGGUUGUGGAGAAGUUGAAAAACGAGGUAAAGCAUGGUAUUAUUGUACUGCAAACGGUCCCGUCGUCUCUGGAACUAACGCUACAAUUCCAGCUUGCAGCAAACAUCGCCGGUACUCCAUUCCUAUCAGACUCAGGAAUCACUCGGCAGCUUGUAGAAGCAAGAGGGAGGGGCCUUCAAUGUUCAAGGAUGCAAUUGCAGGCUAUCAAAGAUAAGAAUAUUACGCCCAGGGCGAAACAAGCCCUCUUGGAUAUGAUUGAGCUCCAGAAGGCGCAUCAGGAGAAAAUCGAUAAGAUACAAAGGGAAAUUGAUCUCGAAUCGAGGAGAUAAAAAAGAAUCGGGCUUAUGAUUGGGAGUGGACAGAUGUAUUUGUACGACUUUGGAAAAUCGGUUCAAAAUUGAAAUGUGGUUAAAUUAUUUUCUACAUUUCUAUAACUGCACAGCCUUGAAGCAGGUCACCAGAAUUCAGCUCAUACCAGCAAAGGAAAGCCAAACGUCUGGAGAUUUCAAUCACUACUUGGAAUUGAGGUCAGUAUACUCCUUCUGGAUGAGAAAUGCAUUGGACUCACAGCUAGAUCACAGGAGGACCCUAUUCCUCAUCCUAAUUGAAGACGGGCUUGAAAUCUUUGUUUGGAUUUUCGACUACGGGACCACCGAAACCCAUGGAUUGCGAUGAGCGUUUCUUAAGAGGUUUAGAGGGAGGUGCCUUUGCCUUUUCCGUCUGGUUUUGCGGGCUCUCUCCUGCUGGUUCGAGGGACGAUGAUUGGAGUUGGAG